AUGAAAGGGAAUCCAACGACUACACUAGAAUACGCCAAGAUCCUCGUUCCCGUCAAGAUUAUGCGCGCGGGUACACAGGUCGGCGAAGCCCUUGGUCGAUCCGCUGGUGCGCUCGAACCAUUCGUCAAACCCCAACAAAUCAUCACCCUCACCUCGAGCGCAACCAAAAAACGAAAAAUAAAGGUCAGG